AUGGGGUUAUCUCCUUUUCAGUUAGUCUANGGAAAANCAUGUCNUUUGCCAGUUGAAUUGGAACACAAAGCUUGGUGGGCAUUGAAAUUUUUGAAUUUUGAUCCUGCCAAGGCUCAAUGGAAACGAGGCAACCAACUGCUAGAACUCGAAGAAAUGCGGUUGCAUGCAUACGAGUCAUCCAAGACUUACAAAGAUAAGGUGAAGUUUUAUCAUGACAAGAAGCUGAUGAAAAGAACUUUCCAUCCAGGAGAUUUGGUUCUCCUAUUCAAAUCGCGGCUAAAGUUAUUCCUAGGGAAGCUGAAGUCAAAAUGGUCAGGACCUUUUAUGGUCAAACAUGUAUUCCAGAGUGGAGCAGUGAAAUUAGAAGCUUCAACUGAAGAUGAUCAGCAGAUGAGAUGGAUCGUGAAUGGCCAAAGACUCAAACACUAUGUAGGAGGGGAUGUGGAGCAAUUUUCCUCAGUCAUGAUGUUGGUGGAUCCAUGA